AUGAAAGUAACUUCUUUGAUACUCAUUUCAUUAGCUGUAAUUGCUACAGUAAACGCUUGUACUGAUACUAAUGCCACUGCUGGUGCCGGAGGUACUUGUUUCUGUAAUGCUGGUUAUUAUGGUACUUCUACUGAUGUAACUGCUGCUGGAUCUUGCCAAAAAUGCCCAACUGGAACUAAUUCUGCUGCUGCCACUGCCUCAGGAACUCUUGUCACCUCAUGCAAUUGUCUCGAUACUAACGCUUCCCUCAACUCUGCUACUCCUCCUGUUUGCUAAUGUAAAGCUAACUUCUAUGGUACCCCUACUAAUUCUGGUGCUAGUGGAUGUACUGCAUGCCCUUCUGGAUAAACUGCUCCAGCUGGUUCUACUACUAAUGUUUGCAAAUCUGCUUCUACAUACAUUUUACCUAUAGUUUCUUUGAUUUUCUCUUUAUUUAUGCUUAUUUGA